ACGCCGCCCGCCACACACCAGUCACGCUCACACGGUUUCAUCCCUCUUCGCCGCCACCACACCACCAGUCCAGCACCUAGCCACAGCAAUGGCGCGCCUGGCGACCAUCCUCAGCUUCGGGGACCGCGCCGAGGAGGGCGCCGGCGCCUUCCCGGAGCCGCAGGAGGACUACCAGCAAGAACACGACGACGACGACGACGACGACGCGGCGUCCGAUGCCAGCGGCGACAGCUUCGAGUUCGCGUUCGCGCGGCCGCUGGCGCCGGCGGGCGGGGAGGCGCUGGCCGACGACCUCUUCGCGCACGGCCGCAUCCUCCCGGCCUACCCGGUCUUCCACCGGCGCCAGGCCCACGACGACGACGACGCCUCGGCCGCGGUCACCUCCGCGACGGCGCCGCCCUCGCCGGACACGUACUGCGCGUGGGCGCCGCGGUCCGCGCCGGGGUCGCCCGCGCGCGAGCCGGCGGCCUUCCCCAAGAGCGCGUCCACGGGCACGGGCGAGGCCGCGCGCCGGUUCCGCCUCCGCGACAUCCUCGGCUCCGGCGGCCGCUCCCACAGCGACGGCAAGGAGAAGUUCCUCUUCCUCCAGCCCACCCCCGCCAAGCCCAAGUCCAGGACCAGCGCAUUGUCCACCCCGUCAGCGCCGGCCGCCAAGAAGACACAGGCACAGCAGAAGCAGAGCAAGAAGAAGGGCGCCGCCGCGGCUCCGACGGAGAUGGACAUGGCCACCGCGCACCGGCUCUUCUACAGCAAGCCCGGAGCCGCGGCCGGCCCCGGCGGCGAGAGGACGACGACGAAAACGUCGUACCUGCCCUACCGGCCGGCCAUCGUCGGCUUCUUCGCCACCGCGCACGCGCUGCGCCCCAAGCACCACCCGUACUAGCCAUCCCAUCCCGUCCCAUCCCCGGCUCCGCUGAUGCCACGAUAAAUCAAAUCAAAUUAAAUUAGUUGGUUAAUUCGUUCUUUUGUCAGAUUCCACGCUCCCGAAAAAAAGUGAUUCGGUCAGACUGCUGGUUCUUGUUGGUGUGUAAAUAUAAAAUCGCGUGCUUUCUUGA